GUUAAGAGGCUUUCAGCUGGUUGUUAUAGUAACAAGAGUCAGUGUGGGCUAUGGAACUAACGGUUAAUAAUUACACAUUAGUUAACACAAACAGGUGAAGUAACUGUAAGGAGAUGAGUGCUGAUGUCAUCAUCAACACAUUAAGCUGACGCACACAAACACAAACACGUCAGUGACGACACACACAGAGAUACAGAUAUGCCAGCAGUCAGAGAACAGAAGGAUGAAUCUGAAUCAUCAUCUGAAGAUGAGCUCGAGAAACAUCCUUGUAUUGCCUGGAGUGGCAUCAGCAGACGAAUUCCUGUGCUGCUGUUUUGUGCCGAAGCCAUCGUGUCCAAAGAUGUGAACAUCUGCUCUGCUGCAGAGAAAUAUAACCUGGCCUUCAAGAUUGUGCGUACAGAGAGUCGUCUUGUUCGUAACAUAUUAGUCAAUCAUGGAUUUCAUGAGGUUCACCCAAACAGCAAUGAGUUUAACCUGAUGUGGACGGGCUCGCACCUAAAGCCUUACCUUAUGCACAGUCUACAGGAUUUCCAAAAAGUCAACCAUUUUCCCAGGUCGUACGAGCUCACGCGGAAAGAUCGGCUUUACAAAAACAUCCAGAGGAUGCAGCAAACCCACGGCUUUCAAAACUUUCACAUCGUACCCCAAACCUUUGUGCUUCCUGCCGACUACCAGGAAUUCAGCAGCUCCUUCAGCAAAGACAAGGGCCCAUGGAUCAUCAAACCAGUGGCGUCCUCCAGGGGCCGAGGCAUCUACCUGGUCAACAGUUUGAGUCAGAUCCAGCUGGAUGAGAAUAUUUUGAUAUCACGAUACAUCAGUAAUCCACUGCUGAUCGACGGUUUUAAGUUUGAUGUGCGUCUCUAUGUGCUGGUGACUUCAUUUGAUCCUCUGCUCAUUUAUCUCUAUGAGGAGGGGCUCGCCAGGUUUGCCACAGUGAAGUAUGACCGUGCCACAGCAAACAUCAAAAACCAAUUCAUGCAUCUGACCAACUACAGCGUCAACAAAAAGAGCAGCGACUAUGUCAGCUGUGAUGACCCUGAAGUAGAGGAUUAUGGGAACAAAUGGAGCAUGAGUGCCAUGCUGAGAUAUUUGAGGCAAGAAGGCAAAGACACCACAUUGCUUAUGGGUCAGAUUGAGGAUUUGAUUAUAAAAGCCGUCUUAAGUGCUGAGAUUCACAUCGCCACGGCCUGCAAGAUGUUCGUCCCUCAUCGGUGCAAUUGCUUCGAACUGUACGGUUUUGAUGUUCUCAUUGAUUCAAACCUCAGACCGUGGCUGUUGGAAGUGAACCUCUCUCCAUCAUUGGCCUGCGACGCUCCUCUUGAUUUGAAGAUAAAGGCGAGCGUGAUCUCUGAUAUGUUUUCUCUUGUGGGGUUUGUUUGUCAGGAUCCGUCAUUACGACAGCCUCGUACAGAAAGACCUGGGAUUGAUUCAAGAAUGAAGAACCCAACCCAGAAGCCUCAGAGAGUGAUGUCCAUCCAGCGUCCCGUCUCAGAGGCUCAGAGAGAGAAACAGUCGGGCAAACGGAUGGACAGCACAGUGGGUCUGACAGCAGAGGAGGUGAAAGUAUUGAGAAGAGUUCAGGAGGAAUAUGAGCGCAGGGGUGGAUUUGUGCGCAUCUUCCCAACUGCAGACACCUGGGAGCUUUACAGUGGUUAUCUGGAAUACAAGACAUCUAUGAAUGCCAUGUUGGCUAAUAAACUUUUCCAUGGAAGAUUUGGGAAAACAGCUGCGGCCUUCAAGUCAAGCAGGAAUAAAGUCAAUGAUAAUGUAGCGGUGGAGGUGGCGUCUUUCUACACACAUCAUCUGAUUCAAUAUGAAAGAAAACUUCUUACUUUGGAGGAGCGCAAGCUGAGGCGAAAACCUGGACGAGCCCCCAGCAGAAGAAGAGAGGAGGGUCUCAGACUCUCUUCAGCUCAUGUCAGUGAGAAUGAUAACCGGGUUGAGAAGGAGGCGGAGCUUAAGUCAUCUCAUUCAUAUAGAUCAGAUGACAUCCAUACACACACUUCACUAGAAAAACCCACCAAACCCAAAAUCAAUCUGCUGAACAUUCUCCAGGAAGGCUGGCAUCUCAGUAAAGUCCAGGCCCGCAUGGCUUUCUCCUGUUACCUUCAGCGCGUGCAGCUGCGACUGUUGACUGAGAGCCGAGAACACAGAACUUCAGUCUGGACUCAGAAAGAGCUCGAUCAGAUGGAGCUGGUGGUUCGAUUUCUGAAGAGAGCCAGCAGUAAUCUACAGCAGGACAUCUGUAUGGAGAUGCCCGGUGAUCAUCUUUCUCUUCCGGACCGCCAGUGUAUCCUCUCCCAUCAGCUGGCAAAGUUCAUCCAUUUCUAUAAUGAGGAGACCAAAGAAAUGAUGAAGACUUUAGAAAAGAUUCCAGAUGAAGAUCGCUGCAUUAGUUCCCGUGUUUUUCAGGAGUUUAUUUUGGAGGCGAGUGAAAGUGAUCUGGAGGAGAUUCUGACAUUUUACAGUCAGAGGAAUAAAUCUGCCAGUGUGUUUCUGGGCACAAAGCAUCAAAGCAGCAGAGCCGAGAGGAACCGUGAUGUUAAAGAACCUACAGCGUCUCACAACAGAGACACUGUGUGUGAUGACACGGACGCCUCUGGUGCUUUAGAGAAUCCAGGGACGACAGACAACGGCAGUGCCACCAAACACAGAAACAAAAACAAGCAUUAUGCAAUACAAAAUGGACAGAUCAGAAACAAAGACCAAAGUGAAGAGUCCAGCAUUACUGAGGUGCUGCCUGAUGCUUCACCCGCCGCUGAGACUCAAUCACAAUCAAACAACAGUCAUCAUACUGUAGUGAAGAACAAAUCAUAUACUGCAGCUUUAGAUUGUGAACACAUCGUCCUACAGCACCGCCUCCCUCCAUCAGAACCUCCACCUUACAUUCAGCCUCCUCCACACCCUCAGGUCAACACCUCCUCCGUCAUCACACCUCCAUCUCUGGGUGUCACAUGGGCCUCGGCACCCAAUCGUCCCACUGGCCUGACAUCCACACUGGAGAGACUUCGACAGAAGAACCCUAACCCUGUGAAACAUUGUGUUGUGUCCAACACAAUGUUUUCUCGACCGUCCUCAGCAGGACAAGUGCGUCAGAAGAUGAAUGUGAGUAAGUCCAGACCUGUUUCUGCUGGAUUUCUGAAAGAGAAGGAGUCGCUUUCGGUUCAGUCUAACCAGCAGGCCAUCGUAUCUGCUCUACGUAAACUAGUAGAGAAACAGACGACUCGUCGGUACAGCUCAUCCAAUCACAUCAGCCUCCUUACACAACACCUGACUAAACUAAACCUGUCCAGUGGGCUUUUAAACAGAGGGGGUCUUACAUUGGGCCCUGAGGUUCGGUCCGGUCCUGUAAGAGCAGUACAUUCAGACACAAGCGGUGGAAACUCGAGGGUUUUGUGUGAACCUGAGCAGCAUGUAUUAAAUGGAGAUGCAGACGGUGUUCAGUCCAUUGAGCAGAAGCAGCGGUCAGCCACAGGCAGCUAUCAGCUCCAAUUCGCCAUUCAUCAGCUGCAACAGCAGAAGCUGAGAUCCAGACAGUUACUGAACCAGAGCCGUACACGCCAACAGGCCAUUCUGACUUCACACAACCUCAUACCUGCUGCUUCAGCUCGAUCUCAUGUUCGCACAAAUCUAAAGGACGGUCCUAAUGUAAACCAGCCGUUCGGACGCAAACAGGGUCCUGAGUCCGGGGUCCUGACGCUCGCCCCUAAGCCACCCGACAGAGACAGACGUGCAUGCAGGACCGCCGUACACUGUCUUCACAAACCCACAGCCGAUCACGAGAGCUUCAGUGGACAGCAUGUUGUGUAUGAGACGAUGUGUGCAAAGACAGGUUUAUCAGUUUACAGUAAACUCUUCCUCACUCAGGCAACUAAGAACAGAUGAAGAAAGUCAUCAGCUGGAGUAUAACAGACAUGAAUGACAACCUGACAUCUUUAACACCUUGACCUGUCUCCUCUACCUGAUGUCUCUUGUUCAGAUUAUUGAUUGUACACAGAUGGGAUCUCAUCUUCUGUGAAGAUCUGAUGAGCUGCUCGAGGACAUCGGCCUUCUAACAACACAGACCAGAGCUCAUGCAUGUGUCCAAAACAUUUAGUUUACAUUCACACAAGACACUGGGAUUUUCUCCCAUCACUACAGUACAUCACAACUUCAAGUGCCUCAUUCAGACAUGAGUUGCUUGAGUUUAUUGCGUUGUAUGUGAGAGUUUACUGAGGUAAAUAGAAACUAGAAAAGUCCAUGUUAAGUUUAGGGCUGCAUUACAACUAAUCACAACUAAUCGUUAGCAGAAUAAAAGUUUUUGUUUACAUCAUAUAUGUGUGUGUAUAAUAAUGCACACGCAUGCAUAUGUGUAAUAAAUAUUUACAUGUCUAUAUACAUUUUUAUAUUUAUAUAAUUAUAAAUGCUUAAUAUUUACACAUAUUUUUUUCUUCAAAUUAUAAAUGCAUAUGUUUGUAUUUAUAUAUACAUAAUUAUUAUAUACUCACACACAUAUAUAUGAUAUAAAUAAAAACUUUUAUUCUGUGAUUCUAACAAUUAGUUGCAAUAAAAUCGGUAUGCAGCCCUAGCAAAGUUAUCAGUCAGGUCAAGGUCAUGUUGAUUUCUGAAAACACUUGAAUAUGACAGAAUUAUAUCCGCUGAUUUGAGACAUUUUUUUAUAGAUAUUUGGGCUCAUGGAAUAUUGUGUUUUUUAUAACAUUUAGACCUUUAGUAGUUUUGUUUUAUCAGAAAAAAACUACAUGACAAUGUAAAUCUUAUUUCUUUUCUUUUCUGUGCUCUGAAUUUACUUGAAUUUCCCAUUUUCAUCAAUGACCAAAUAUUCAGAAUGUUCUUGAUCAUUAAAUAAAA